UUAUUACUUAGGCCUAUAACAAAUUAAUCUGGUUAAUUAAUAUUGACAGAUAUUUUAAAUACUUUCAUAGGCCUAGUUUCUUGGUAUGUGUAUGUGUGAAGACACGACUGGUCUUCAAGGAACCCAAAAGAGCCCAUGUUACACCUCUCCUUAUCUCAUUGCAUUGGCUACCAAUCGCAGCUCGCAUCAAGUUCAAGACACUGAUGCUUGCUUAUAGAACAACUUUAUGUAUUCCCCAAUUGCAGGAAAUGAGGGGAGCGGUUCACAGUCAUUUAGAGGAGAGCAUUCGUCCAUAUAUUGAUCUAAUCGACACUCUGCGGUCAGCUGGGAUUCACAAGGACUUAGCAUUACCGACUAUCAUAGUAAUCGGAGACCAGAGUUCUGGGAAAAGCUCUGUGUUGGAAGCGCUGUCUGGAGUUCCAUUACCAAGAGGGAGUGGAAUUGUCACCAGAUGUCCACUAGAGCUGAGGCUGAAGAAGGUGGAAGGAGGAGUCAGCUGGAAGGCUGUUCUGUCUUACAAUGAUAAAAAAAAUGAGUUUGUGGAUUCAUCAUCCCUUGAAACCCGUGUACAUGAAGCCCAGGAUGAGCUGGCAGGAAAAGGGGUAGCAAUACGUGAUGACCUUAUCACGUUAGAGGUCAUGUCACCAGGUGUAUGUGACCUCACACUGAUCGAUCUACCUGGAAUUACCAGAGUCCCAGUAAAUGGACAACCACAAGAUAUUGGAAGCCAGAUCAAACGUAUGAUCAUGAAAUAUAUUGAGAAGCAAGAGACGAUAAACAUGGUAGUGUGCCCAUGCAACACUGAUAUUGCAACAACAGAAGCAUUAAAAAUGGCUCAAGAAGUAGAUCCUGAUGGCAAAAGAACUGUUGCCAUUUUGACCAAGCCAGACCUCAUAGAUAAAGGAACAGAAAAGAGAAUUUUGAGAAUUGUCAGCAAUGAAGUGAUUCCUCUCCGCAAAGGUUACAUUAUGGUGAAGUGUAGAGGACAACAGCAGAUCGAUGAUAACAUUUCUCUAGAGGAGUCAGCGGAUAUGGAGAGAGACUUCUUCCAAAACCAUGAACAUUUCAGUUGCCUCUUGCAAGAGGAAAAAGCAACUAUUAAAAGUCUUGCUGUCAAACUGUCUCAGCAUCUGGUCGAUCAUAUCAAAAAAUCACUGCGACAGCUCAACGAACAGAUAAAAAAGAAGUUGUGGGAUCUGAGGAAUGAGCUGAAAGAGUGCGAGGCUGGACCGCCACAGGACCCUAGGGGAGCCAAAAAAUUCCUCAUUCAAGUAAGAACUUUAAGAACUGAAUUAUUUUCUGCUGAAGAUCAACAGAUUCAAAACAUGAAGAAUUUAAAACAUCUUGCUAUAUCAAAGGGGUAUGCUGAAAAGGUGCCUGACAAGCAGCUUCACAGAAAAGAUGGAAGAUUGUGGUAUAUCCCACACCAUGGGAUCUAUCAUAAAAGGAAAGGAAAGAUCCGUGUGGUCUUUGAUUGUACUUCUACCUUUCAGGGCACCUCUUUGAAUUCUGAGCUAUUGCAAGGCCCAGACCUUACGAAUACACUUCUGGGUGUACUUCUCAGAUUCCGUCAGGAUACUGUGGCGGUCAUGGCAGACAUCGAGGGAAUGUUCCAUCAGGUCAAAGUAUCAGAAGAAGACAAAGACUUCCUGAGGUUUUUGUGGUGGCCUGAUGGGAACAUGAAUUAUCCGUUAUCGGAGUAUAGAAUGACUGUACAUCUUUUCGGGGCCGUUUCAUCACCAAGUUGUGCUAAAAGGACUGCUGAUGAUAAUGAAGGGAAAGCAGAGGCUGAAGUGCUUAGCACCAUUCGAAACAAUUUUUAUGUGGAUGACUGUCCAAAAUCUGUGCAAAAUGAAAAAUUGGUUGUGGAUCUGGUAAACGGACUUCGAACAACAUGUGCAACCGGUGGAUUUAAGCUAACAAAAUGGGUUAGCAGUAGUCGAUCUGUUCUUGCUACUAUUCCAGAGGAGGACCGAACCAAAGAUAUUAAGACUCUAGACCUUGAGAAGGAUAAAUUUCCUAUGGAAAGAGCACUUGGCAUACAUGAGGUUGGUUAUGGCACAGCCAGCUAUCUUAGGUUCAUCAACAAGGAAGGACGUAUUCAUACUGUUCUUGUGAUGGGCAAGGCGAGGGUUGCUCCUCUCAAAACCAUCACUAUUCCAAGGUUGGAACUUGCUGCCGCUGUUCUCGCAGUCCGUAUAGACCGAAUGCUGAAACAAGAACUUGAGCUGCCAAUGCAACAUGAUGCUUCGCGAGGAGUAACAGCUAAAGCUUUUCUUAGUGGAGAACGAUGGUUUAAAGGUCCUGAUUUUCUGAGAGAACCUGAAACAAACUGGCUGAAUUCUAACCAAGAAUCAUAUACUAUGAUGGAUAAUGAUCCUGAACUCAAGAAAACGGUUGUCACAUUCACUUCGACUGCUAUACAGAUUGAGGACCCUCUCACCAGUUUUAUUGAAAAGUUCUCAUCUUGGGAUCGUUUGAAAAGGAUGACCGCAUGGAUUCUGAAGUUCAAAUCCCUUCUUGGACACCUGAGUAAAAGGAGGAAGGAAAUUUUGUUGUCUGUCUCUGGAAAGAAUGGUCAAGAACGUCAACAGCAAGUGGACUAUUUGAUGUCCGAAUGCAGGAAACAACUUGGUUCACAAACUUUAUCCUUGGAGGAUUUUGAAUAUGCGGAGAAGGCGCUUGUGAUUUAUAUUCAACAGCGCUCCUUUGAUGAUGAAAUCAUCUAUUUGAAGACUGGAAAAUGUGUUAAAAGGAGUAGCAAUAUCUACAAGUUAGACCCCGUCUUUAGAGAUGACCCAAUUUGGUUGGCCAGCUUCGGGAGCAAUUCAGAAAGUGGAAUGAUCAUCUUAACAGUUCAAAGACAUCUUGUCACAAUACAAGAUUACAAGACUGCAGAAAGAAUACAGUUUAGUCACAAAUACAGAGGGAGGGAACUGCUCGGCUUCGGCAACUACAGAAUGUUUGAGGGGGAUCUGCAGAAGCAUGUGGCCACACUUAAAGCACCAGCCAUUAAAUUACUCAACACUAUCAAAGAGAUCAUCUUAGAACAAUUCACUGAUGUGGUUAAUCAGUGUUUCCAGAACUACUCUGUUCUUCAAAAUAUCAUUAUGAAUAAAAUCAAAAACAUUCAGUCAAGUCAACAAGCCAAGGCAGAGCAGAGGAUCUCAGAGCAGUUUGAAAUGGAAAAGAUGAUCUACACUCAAGAUCCCAUCUACUUGAAGUUCUUGAAUGAGAUUAGCGACGAGAAAUUUUCAGAAGAUGAAUUACCUGUCUUUGACAUAAAAAGCAAGUACAGUGAAAUGCUGGAGGCGUAUUAUGAGAUUGUGGUGCAGCGGAUGUCUGACCAACUGCCCAUGAUGAUCUCCUUUUUCAUGCUGAAGGAAACUGCUCAGCUUCUGUCUAUUGACAUGCUUAGUUUACUGGAUGGGGCAAAUGUGAGCGAGCUGCUGUUUGAGAACUCUGAUGUCGGUACAAGGCGCAGAGACCAUGCCAUUCACAUUGUAUGUUGUAAAAGUAUCUUACUAGGCUCUCUCUGUGGAUCGUGGCUUUCUGGUUGCCUGCUUGACCUUCUUGGGAGCUCUAAAGAAAUUAAGAACAGCAUUAGAAAAAGGAAAUGUUAUGAACAGUUUUGGGUGCAUGUGUCUCAAUGUACUGUACAAUCCAGCUGCAAUCCUGUAAUCAUCAAUAUUAAACACUUGACCUGCUUAGAAACAGCAUAUAUUGUUAGUGUUUUCUCCACCAACUACAAUGUACAUCUUAACAAAACAAACCUAUAG